AUGCGCAUUCAGUUGCAAGACAUGUCUGGGACAGGGACGGAAGAUGUUUCUACAACGCAUACAGGGAGUGAUGGAGAACCUGUUCAGGUGGUUGUAGCCACCGAAACGCACGCUUUCGAACUAGACGUUGAAGCUCUGGAACGACUGCUGCUCAGUGAGGAAGUUAGGGACCGUAAUGUGUGUGUCGUGACAGUAGCUGGAGCUUUUCGAAAAGGCAAGUCGUUUCUGCUGGAUUUCAUGCUGCGUUAUUUGGAGGCAAAGGAGUCGAGAUCUGAUUGGCUUGGGGACUCGAAAGAGACACUUGAAGGUUUUCACUGGCGUGGCGGGUCUGAGAGAGAUACAACUGGCAUUCUUUUGUGGAGUAAACCCUUCAUUGUCAAGCAUCCUGUUACAGACGAAGAGGUUGUGGUUUUGCUGAUGGACACACAGGGUGCGUUUGACACAAACUCAACUAUGAAAGACUGUGCCACAGUAUUCGCCUUGUCGACAAUGAUUAGCUCACUUCUGGUUUACAACAUCUCAUCAAUGAUUAGAGAAGAUGACUUGCAACAUCUGCAACUGUUUACAGAGUAUGGUCGAAUGGCGUUAUUAGAGUCAGCAGCUACCCCAUUUCAGGGUCUAAUGUUUCUUGUGCGUGAUUGGAGCUACGAGUAUGAGUAUUCAUACGGAAGUAAAGGUGGCAAUGAGUACUUGAAAAAAGUGCUUCUAAUUGAUGACAAACAGCAUGACCAGCUAAAGUUGGUACGCAAACACAUUCAUGAAUGUUUUGAAGACGUGCAGUGCUUUCUCAUGCCUCACCCAGGCCUUUCUGUUGCCACUAAUCCAAAGUUUAAAGGGAAACUCUCUGAAAUUGAGGAUAACUUUAAGAGUCAGUUGAAAGAGCUUGUUCCUAUGUUGUUGGCACCAAAGAGUCUGGUAGUGAAAUCAAUCAAUGGAGUUAAAGUGACUGGUAGGGCGCUCGUCGAGUGCUUUAAGUCAUACAUGAAGGUAUUUGAAGGAGACGAAUUGCCUGAACCAAAAACAGUUCUAGAGGCGACCGCUGAAGCUAACAACUUGGCAGCCAUGGCAUCAUCAUUAGAUUGUUACAACAAAGUGAUGGAAGAGAUCUGUGGUGGCGAUCGACCAUUUGUCUCACCAACUGAACUUGAAGGUAGCCACGAAGCCAACAAGAGAGUAGCACUGGAUCAUUUUGACUCGAUUCGUAAGAUGGGUGGAGCACACUUGAGUAGGGAAUACCGGGAGCGUCUCGAUACACAAAUCGAAGACUCGUACUCGAGUUUAUGCAAGCAGAAUAACGCCAAGAACAUCUUUACUGCCGUGCGCACUCCGACCGUUUUCUUGUCUCUCAUCCUGUUUUUCUGGUUUUUGAAAUACGUUGUCAGCUUUGUUGUCACAAUCGUCUUAUUCGAGCGUCUUGUGGGUUUUCUCAUUUUCAUGUCGUUUGCUGCUUUGGCUGUGUGGGCAUAUGGACGUUGGUCGGGCUAUUGGAGAGACGCAGCUCAGGUGAUUGACUACGUGUCUGAAUUUUUAUGGGAUCAGGUGUUUGCUGAGCUUUAUGUACGAGCUGUGAGUGGUGUAGCACGUAGUCAAGUGGGGAUAAAACAGAAGAAACAGUGAGUAUGUAGAACGGAAUCAAUUGUGAGCUAACUAUUGCGUUCACUGUCUAGAAGAGAGCUUAUGUAGCUAUUGUGUCCUAUUGAUUUGUUAUGCAUUAUAGCCUCGACCCAUCAGGCAUUCUG